GUGUUAAAAAAUGCGGAACUAUAGAGAUACCUAUAGUCGGCGGGUUCUUUAACCCGGACACCAUCCCGGAAGUCACCGGCAAAAGUGUUGUUUUUAUGAACCUUACCAAGAACCAACGUAGGAAGUGUGAGUGACGCCUAGCGUUUUUUUUGGAAGUCACACCUGUGUCACACCUCUGCUUUUUUUCUUUUUAACCUGCUGCUGCUUCCUUGUCGCCCAUAUGAAUCGGACUCAACUGAAGCGAUCUCGCAUUCUGAAAAUGGCUCUUGUAGGUUCGGGGGACCAGGAGGAAACGACAGAGCCCUUCUUGAAGAGGGCGACCAGGAUAGCUGUUGUCGUGGUACUCUAUUGGUUUGUCUCUAUUACCAUGGUUUUCCUGAAUAAAUAUCUGCUGGACAGCAAUGAUCUAAAGUUUAACGCGCCUCUCUUCGUGACUUUUUAUCAGUGCCUGGUGACUGUGCUGCUCUGUUGGUUGCUCAGCGGUGCCUCCAGACUGUGUCCUGGAGCCGUGGACUUUCCUACCCUAAAGUUUGACCCAAAGCUUUCCAGAGGGGUACUUCCUUUGUCAGUGGUCUUCAUUGGCAUGAUAACCUUUAACAACCUUUGCUUAAAAUAUGUUGGAGUCGCAUUUUACAACGUUGGUCGUUCGCUCACCACGGUCUUCAAUGUUGUUUUCUCCUAUGUCAUUCUUAAGCAGACGACGUCUUUUGGUGCUUUGUUGUGCUGCGGGGUCAUAAUUGGUGGUUUUUUGCUAGGUGUGGAUCAAGAGGAGGCAGAAGGAUCCAUCUCAUGGAUAGGGAUAUUGUAUGGUAUCUUUGCUAGCCUUUGUGUAUCUCUUAAUGCAAUCUACACAAAGAUGGUUUUGCCAGUGGUAGAUGGUAACAUUUGGCGACUGACCUACUACAAUAACAUAAAUGCAAGUUUGCUUUUCAUUCCUUUAUUAGUCAUAUUUGGAGAAUUUCGGACUGUAUACUACUUUGAGAAUCUGUUCAGCAUGAAUUUUUGGAAUAUGAUGACAUUAAGUGGAAUCUUUGGUUUUGCCAUUGGUUACGUUACCGGACUUCAGAUCAAAUUCACCAGUCCCCUCACUCAUAAUGUAUCUGGCACUGCAAAGGCCUGUGCACAAACGAUCCUAGCAGUAAUCUAUUAUGAUGAGGUUAAGAGCUUUUUAUGGUGGACAAGUAAUAUCAUGGUAAUAGGUGGCUCCUUUGCAUAUACUUGGGUUAAAGGAUUAGAAAUGAAGAAGUCUCAAGAGGAACCAGAGUCAAAGACUAGUGCUACAAAAAAUAUUUCUGGUGUAUGAAGAGCACUAUGUGAUUAUGAAAUAUAACAAACACAGGAUUUUCUCUUUUGUGAAAGUAAAGUGAAUGUUUUCCACGCCAAAACUGUUAAAAUUUCUUCUUUUUGCCUUAAAACUAUUUUGAUCAUUUUGACACAACCUUCAUGUUUUAUGAAUAAAUUAUAAUGCUUUUUAAUUUUCUCCAAUACACUUACAUGGAGUUUCAAAUGAAUUAUUAAAUAUAAAUAUAUAUAUUUUAUACAAUUUUUUAGGCCUUUUCCAUUUUAGUCAUGGAGUAGCUCUUUAGGAAUGAAAAAACAAAACAAAUUUUAAAGUACUUAAUUUCAGAAAAGCAGUGGAUGAUGGGUAUUCAUUCACAUAAUUUCUGUUAAUCGAUUGUCUCCCUUAAUUCUCAGGUAAUGUGUUUCUAACCCAUUUCAAUGCUACACUGAGUGCUGGUUUCAGAAUGAGGAUUAUUUUAUUGCACAUAAGUUUUAACACUUCUAGCUUUCUUGCAUUUGUCUAAAUGAUUUUUAUUUUUUCCUCUUUACUUAAUUGCACUUCAGGUUUCACAACUUCAAACACAUCCAAAAAGACGGGCCUUAACAAGUGGGCAAAAGAGAAAUUGCGUGUUUCUGUGAAAUAAAAUUGUUCACAAGUUUUCCAUUUCAUCACUUGGGAAAGCAAAACGGGCUGUGGGGUUCUUUUUCAGUGCAUAUUAUAGUAUAUAAAGAAGUCAAGAAAUUCAGCAAUAUGGUUUGUUAUGGUGUGAAAUCUGCCUGAUUAAAAGAAGGCACAGGCAGUAUGUCUUAGUAGCUGAAGCCUAAAAUCUAACGUAGUCCUCCCUCUGUUCUUGUAACAAGUCCAUGCUCCAUCCAUCCAUCCUCUUCCGCUUAUCCGAGGUCAGGUUGCGGGGGCAGCAGCUUGAGCAGAGAUGCCCAGACUUCCCUCUCCCCAGCCACUUCUUCUAGCUCUUCCGGGAGAAUCCCAAGGCGUUCCCAGGCCAGCCGAGAGACAUAGUCCCUCCAGCGUGUCCUGGGUCUUCCCCGGGGCCUCCUCCCGGUUAGACGUGCCCGGAACACCUCACCAGGGAGGCGUCCAGGAGGCAUCCUGAUCAGAUGCCCGAGCCACCUCAUCUGACUCCUCUCGAUGAGGAGGAGCAGCAGCUCUACUCUGAGCCCCUCCUGGAUGACUGAGCUUCUCACCCUAUCUUUAAGGGAAAGCCCAGACACCCUGCGGAGGAAAUUCAUUUCAGCCGCUUGUAUUUGCGAUCUCGUUCUUUCAGUCACUACCCAUGACCAUAGCUGAGGUAAACUGAGAGCUUCGCCUUGCGGCUCAGCUCCUUUUUCACCACGACAGACCGAUGCAGAGCCCGCAUUACUGUGGAUGCCGCACCGAUCCACCUGUCGAUCUCACGCUCCAUUCUUCCCUCACUCGUGAACAAGACCCCGAGAUACUUGAACUCCUCCACUUCGGGUAGGAUCUCGCCACCAACCCUGAGAGGGCAAUCCAUCUUUUUCUGGCUGAGGACCAUGGUCUCGGAUUUGGAGGUGCUGAUUCCCAUCCCAGCCGCUUCACACUCGGCUACGAAUCGAUCCAGAGAGAGCUGAAGAUCACGGCCUGAUGAAGCAAACAGGACAACAUCAUCUGCAAAAAGCAGUGACCCAAUCCUGAGUCCACCAAACCGGACCCCCUCAACGUCCUGGCUGCGCCUAGAAAUUCUGUCCAUAAAAGUUAUGAACAGAAUCGGUGACAAAGGGCAGCCCUGACGGAGUCCAACUCUCACUGGAAAUGGUUUCGACUUACUGCCGGCAAUGCGGACCAAGCUCUGGCACCGAUCGUACAGGGACCGAACAGCCCUUAUCAGGGGGUCCGGUACCCCAUACUCUCGGAGUACCCCCACAGGAUUCCCUGAGGGACACGGUCGAAUGCCUUUUCCAAGUCCACAAAACACAUGUAGACUGGUUGGGCAAACUCCCAUGCACCCUCCAGGACCCUGCUAAGGGUGUAGAGCUGGUCCACUGUUCCGCGACCAGGACGAAAACCACACUGUUCCUCCUGAAUCUGAGGUUCGACUAUCUGACGGACCCCCAAAUAGACUUUUCCAGGGAGGCUGAGGAGUGUGAUCCCUCUGUAGUUGGAACACACCCUCCGGUCCCCUUUCUUAAAGAGGGGGACCACCACCCCGGUCUGCCAAUCCAGAGGCACUGUCCCUGAUGUCCAUGCGAUGUUGCAGAGGCAUGUCAACCAAGACAGUCCUACAACAUCCAGAGCCUUGAGGAACUCCGGGUGUAUCUCAUCCACCCCCGGGGCCCUGCCACCAAGGAGUUUUUUGACCACCUCGGUGACCUCAGUCCCAGAGAUGGGGGAGCCCACCUCUGAGUCCCCAGGCUCUGCUUCCUCAUUGGAAGGCAUGUUAGUGGGAUUGAGGAGGUCUUCGAAGUACUCCCCCCACCGACCCGAGUCGAGGUCAGCAGUGCACCAUCACCACCAUAUACAGUGUUGACACUGCACUGCUUCCCUCUUCUGAGACGUUCUCCAUGGCCUCCCCAAACUCCUCCCACGCCCGAGUUUUUGCCUCAGCAACCACCAAAGCCGCAUUCCGCUUGGCCUGCCGGUACCUAUCCGCUGCCUCCAGAGUCCCACAGGACAAAAGGGUCCUGUAGGACUCCUUCUUCAGCUUGACGGCAUCCCUCACCGCCGGUGUCCACCAACGGGUUCGGGGACUGCUGCCACGACAGGCACCGACCACCUUACGGCCACAGCUCCGGUCAGCUGCCUCAACAAUAGAGGCACGGAACAUGGCCCAUUCGGACUCAAUGUCCCCCACCUCCCUCGGGAUAUCGUCGAAGUUCUGCCGGAGGUGGGAGUUGAAGCUACUUCUGACAGGGGGCUCUGCCAGAUGUUCCCAGCAGACCCUCACAACACCUUUGGGCCUACCAGGCCUGACCGGCAUCCUCCCCCACCAUCGAAGCCAACUCACCACCAGGUGGUGAUCAGUUGACAGCUCCACCCCUCUCUUCACCCAACUGUCCAAGACAUGUGGCCGCAAGUCUGAUGACACGACCACAAAGUCGAUCAUCGAACUGAGGCCUAGGGUGUCCUGGUGCCAAGUGCACAUAUGAACACCCCUAUGCUUGAACAUGGUGUUCGUUAUGGACAAUCUGUGACGAGCACAGAAGUCCAAUAACAAAACACCGCUCGGGUUCAGAUCGGGGGGGCCAUUCCUCCCAAUCACGCCCUUCCAGGUCUCACUGUCAUUGCCAACGUGAGCAUUGAAGUCUCCCAGCAGAACGAGGGGGUCCCCAGAAGGUAUGCCCUCUAGCACCCCCUCCAGGGACUCCAAAAAGGAUGGGUACUCCGAACUGCUGUUCGGUGCAUACGCACAAACAACAGUUAGGACCCGUCCCCCCACCCGAAGGUGGAGGGAGGCUACCCUCUCAUCUACCGGGGUAAACCCCAAUGAACAGGCUCCAAGUCGGGGGGCAAUAAGUAUAUCCACACCCGCUCUGCGCCUCUCACCGGGGGCAACUCCAGAGUGGUAGAGAGUCCAGCCCCUCUCAAGGAGAUUGGUUCCAGAGUCCAAGCUGUGCGUCGAGGUGAGUCCGACUAUAUCUAGCCGGAACCUUUCAACCUCGCGCACUAGCUCAGGCUCCUUCCCCUUCACAGAGAUGACAUUCCACAUCCCAAGAGCCAGCUUCUGUUGCUGAAGAUCGGCCCGCCAAGGUCCCCGCCUUCGACCACCACCCAACUCACACUGCACCCGACCUCCUUGGCCCCUCUCAUAGGUAGUGAGCCUAUGGGAAGGGGGACCCACGUUGCCUCUUCGGGCUGUGCCUGGCCAAGCCCCACCUCCAGGCCUGGCUCCAGAGGUGGGCCCCGGUGACCUGCAUCCGGGCAAGGGAAAACGCUGUCCAAAGUUUUCAUUCAUCACAGAAGGUUUGAACCGCUCUUUGUCUCAUCCCUCACCUAGGACCAGUUUGCCUUGGGUGGCCCUACCAGGGGCAUAAAACCCCAGACAACAGAGCUCCUAGGUUCAUUGGGACACGCAAACCCCUCCACCACGAUAAGGUGGCGGUUAAAGGAGGGGGUCCAUGCUCCAACUACUGAAAUUUGUAAAUGUUUAUAUCGGUAUUCUAUACUAAGAAACUACAUUAGUUUAAAAUAAGACCCGAGAAAUCAUCUGUAUAUUGAAGCUGGGCAUUCUGUAAGAGUCAGUAUAAUUUAAUCUGAAUAAUUUUUUUUUUGCCCUUCAUCUUUUCUAUUUGUACAAUUAAAAACAUUCCUAAAUGUUUAUUUGGAGGUUACAACAACAAUCUAUGUCUUGUAUAGCCCAAUAUCACACACAGAAUGCCUCAAUGGGUUUUAACAGGAGACAUUUAAUUUAUUCUGACAUUAGUAUAUGUCUGCAUUUAAUAAUGGGCCUUGUUGAAAUUCUAAAUUUAACAGUUUUGCUUUGCAUUUACCCUAAUUACUGUUAAGCCCAAGGAUAAAUUGCUAUAUGUUUGUUACUUAUGUCAUUCAAGUAUGUUGUGCAAAGAAGAGCCAUCUUCCUGAGUAACACACUCAUUCAAAGAUUUAAAUAAUUUUUGUGUUGUUUUUAGUGAGAAUUGUGACAGGCAGAUUUUUUCACUUGAACAGAAGGAAAAAUUGUUGAAACACUCUUUUCUCACAGUUAAAACUGUAUAUUGUUAUUUCUUUUAAUAGGCUCCCUUUAGGAAAUUAAGCAUGUCCUUACACAGUCCUAGAACAUGCUAGAAACCUGUUGAAUGUUCUCUAUUUACAUGUGUUUUUUGCCUGGAAUCUGCUGGAAUAGAUUCCUUCACCUCUCUGCUAAGUAUGUAAAUAGAAAUGAAAAAAAAUACUGAAAUUUAUAUUAAUUUGUUACAUAUUAAGUACAUUGUGUAUGAGUUUUGAAAUUAUGUAUACACCCUUCUACAUAUUUUUAUUUGUGCAACAUUUUAUCUUUUUCCAAGACUAAUAUAUUUAUGUACUGCUUUCUGAAAAGUUUUUAUGUUAUCUCCGAGUUCAUGUUGGCUUGGCUUAUAAAAUAUCUUUCCUUCAACAGUCCAAAAAUUCUCUGUUGUUCUGAAUAUGUAGAGGAUAACAUGGCUACUUUGUACAUGUUAAUUAAAAAUGUAGUUCCUCUAUAAUUGUGCAGAUAUUUGUUGUGAAAAUGGAAUAGGCACUUGAAUUUGCUAUGUGUGGGCAGUGUGCUCUGAAUUAAUUUUCCCCUAAAAUAUUUUGAAAAUAUCACAACACAAAUGCAGAUUAUUAUAUUGCAUUUUAUAGUUGAAAUUUUUAUUUUUUAU